GUUUUGCAGUGAAGGUGUUUUUAAAUGUCCAGAAGAUCAGCUUCCGCUAGACUACGCAAAGAUCUACCCGGAUCGAGAGCUGGAAACUCAAGUCCUUAGUCUGUCUAUACGAUGUAUACAUAGUGAAGAGGGUUGUCGCUGGAGUGGGCAGCUGAAGCAGCUCCAGACUCAUCUCAGUGUUUGUGCCUUUUAAUGUGAUCCCGUGCCCCAAUCGCUGUAGCACCAAACUGAUCCGCAGAGAUCUGCCAGAGCACAUGCAGCACGACUGUCCCAAGCGCAAAGUUCGAUGCGAAUUCUGUGGCAGCGAUUUUACAGGAGAGGCCUACGAGGAACACCAAGGCUGCUGUCCUCAAGAGAGCGUUUAUUGUGAGAACAAGUGUGGCGCUCGUAUGAUGAGACGUGUUUUGUCCCAGCAUUCCCUGUCGGAGUGCCCGAAGCGUACUCAGCCAUGCUCGUACUGCAGCAAGGAAUUUGUUUAUGACACUAUACAGAGUCACCAGUACCAGUGUCCUCGGUACCCUGUUUCCUGUCCUAACCAGUGUGGCAUUGCCAACGUUGCCAGAGAAGACCUCAGUGGGCACCUGAAGGACAGUUGUAGUUCUGCAUUAGUGCUCUGCCCUUUCAAAGAUUCUGGAUGUAAACACAGGUGCCCCAAGGUUGGCAUGAGCAGGCACCUGGAAGAGAACAUGAGGGCUCACCUCAGCAUGAUGUCUUCUCUGGUAAGUCGUCAGAGAACAGAGAUCCAAGAACUGAGGAAGCAGGUGGAAGAGUUGUCUGUGAGCAGUGAAGGGAUUCUUAUCUGGAAGAUCAGUGACUACUCUCGCAAACUGCAGGAAGCCAAAGUCAGAGGCAAUUAUGAGUCCUUUAGUCCACCCUUCUACACACACAGAUAUGGCUACAAGCUCCAGGUUUCUGCCUUUUUGAAUGGGAAUGGCAGUGGUGAAGGAAGCUACCUUUCAGUGUAUAUUAGGGUGCUUCCCGGAGAGUAUGACAACCUACUGGAAUGGCCUUUUUCCUAUCGUGUUACAUUUUCCCUUCUUGACCAGAGUGAUCCAUCGCUGUCCAAACCCCAGCACAUUACCGAAACUUUCAACCCUGACCCUAACUGGAAGAACUUCCAGAAGCCAAGUGGCUCUAGAAAUUCCUUGGAUGAAAGUACACUUGGUUUUGGAUACCCCAAAUUUAUCUCUCAUGAGGACAUACGGAAACGUAACUAUGUACGUGACAAUGCUGUAUUCCUUCGAGCGUCUGUAGAUAUCCCUCAGAAAAUAAUUGCAUAA